UUAGCCAAUCAGGCGUUAGAAGGGCGUGUUAGCCGACUGUCAUGGCGGCCUCCGUUAGUGGGGAUUGACUUUCCAUAUUGUGGCAACUACACUUCUAACUUUCUUAUUGGUUUUCGUAAAGGGACAUUUGCACCGGCAUCAGUAAACAUGGGAACUGUUCACGCACGGUCUCUGGACCCUAUGCCAAUGCAUGGCCCUGAACUCGGUGUCCAGGCAGAUGACAUCGAUUUGCCAGAGCCUGAGCAUGACGCCAAACAAGAAGUUCUCGAAAAUAAAGAAGUGAUUGUCCAAAGGGUGCAUGUAGAUGGUCUUGGUCGAACUAAGGAAGACAUUCUCUCGUAUGAAAUCGCAGAUGUUUUUAAGGCCAAGAGCUUGAUUGACGUCAUGAAGAAGUCUCAUGAAGCCAGGCAGAAACUUCUGCGGAUGGGAAUAUUCAGGAAAGUUGAAGUUGUCAUCGACACAUCUCAAGGUGCUGAUGCACUGCCGAAUGGGCUGGAUGUGACCUUUGAAGUGAAGGAGCUGAGGCGGAUGACUGGCAGCUACAAUACCAUGGUUGGGAACAAUGAAGGAAGCAUGGUGCUUGGUCUUAAACUUCCAAAUGCUUUUGGGCGCGCAGAAAAGCUCACCUUCCAGUUCUCCUAUGGCACAAAAGAGACGUCAUAUGGCCUGUCGUUCUUUAAGCCCCAGCCAGGAAAUUUUGAGCGCAAUUUCGCUGUCAAUCUAUAUAAAGUCACUGGGCAGUUCCCAUGGAGUUCACUGAGGGAGACUGAUAGAGGGAUUUCUACAGAAGUCAGUUUUCCCGUCUGGUGGACAAACCACACUCUGAAGUGGGAAGGAGCAUGGAGGGAGCUGGGCUGUCUGGCUCGCACAGCCUCCUUUGCUGUCCGUGAGGAGAGUGGCCACUCGUUAAAGUCUUCCCUUUCGCACGCCAUGGUCAUUGAUACGCGACAGUCUUCUAUUCUACCAAAGAAGGGUGGCUUACUCAAAAUCAAUCAGGAACUGGCUGGGUACACAGGAGGAGAUGUGAGUUACCUUAAGGAGGACUUUGAAAUCCAGCUCAACAGGCGUCUCCCCUGGGAUUCGAUCUUGUCUACCUCCCUCUGGGGUGGUAUGCUACUGCCUAUUGGAGACAAACCCACCAGCAUUGCUGACAGAUUCUAUCUGGGUGGGCCCACAAGUGUAAGAGGUUUCAGCAUGUACAGCAUCGGGCCACAGAGUGAAGGCGACUAUCUUGGUGGGGAAGCUUACUGGGCUGGAGGAGUCCAUCUGUACACCCCACUGCCCUUCCGCCCAGGCAGAGGUGGCUUUGGAGACCUGUUUAGGACCCAUUUCUUCCUGAAUGCUGGGAAUUUAUGUAACCUCAAUUAUGGUGAGGGGCCGCGGGCGCACCUAAAGAAAUUGGCAGAGUGUAUCCGCUGGUCCUAUGGAGCGGGUAUCGUCUUGCGCCUCGGGAACAUCGCCCGUCUAGAACUGAACUAUUGCAUUCCCAUGGGUGUCCAGACUGGAGACAGGAUAUGUGACGGUGUGCAGUUUGGAGCAGGCAUUCGAUUCUUGUAAUGCAGGACCUGUGGGCCAGUAGUCUUGCACAUAGACAUUUGAAUGAAAAAAAAAAAAUCUUUGUGAUGGUUGGAAGUUUCCAGAAGGAUUUCAUAGCACUUAAAGAUCUCUCAAAUCGAUCAAAACUGGCAUCAUGGCCCAGUAAUAAAUCAAACAGAUGACACUGCAACAGUUCAGGAGUCCAGGAGUACUUUGCUGACUGAGUUUUGAAGCCUCUGCAGGAGAAAUAUCAGCCAUCAGUGCUCUUAUCAGUCAUCAUAUUUAUUUGUAAUGAAUGUGUAAACCAAUAAAUAAUUCCCCCCUGUA